CUGGGUGUACUGCGCGAGCCUGAAUCAGUGCGUGGCAGACUGGGUCGGGCUGGGCCAGCAGCGAAGGGAAGAGAAAACGUCUGAGUCGAACAGGAAUAAUGUCUUUUAUUCCGCUGCGCUUCCCCUUCAGAGACAGAUAACUGCGCUGCUCGAGUUUCCUCUGAGUAUAUUUUCGUCUGGAGAGCCUGGUGCCAAAGUUGUCGCCCAGCAAGCUUGAGUGUCUUCACUAUGGAUCAGUCCGUCGCAAUUCAAGAAACUUUAGAAAGAGAAGAAAACUGCAUCAUGGCUGUCCAAUGUGAUGUCCUCUUUGACGAUGCUACAGAGAGCAGACUGCUGGGGCUGGUGGAGUCUGCAACAGAAUAUGCAAUCUUUAUUUAUACCCAUCGAAGAAUGGCAAUUACUGCUGAUGAUGUAUCACUGGAGGACAUUAUACCCAUCUCCCUCGACUUUGCAGUUGUCACAGUUUCCUCACCAGAGGAACUUGUGGUUGUGGGUGCUGAUACCAAAGUGAGAAUAAGCUACAAGGACGAAGAAUUAGAUCUCAGACUUCCGUUUGGCUCCAGCUCGCGCCUGUUUCUCAGCGAAGUGAACAGGGCAUGGAGUGAUGUUUGCAGGUCACCCACACAGAUACCCAAGUUUGAGUGGAUCAACAAGUACCAGGCAGAUGCCAGAGUACGGGGAGUUGUCAAACAAGCCCUCGCACCCAUCGGCACAACAGUUACUGAACUCAACCAGCACCAAAAAACAGAGAAAUCAUCGGACAGAAAGGUAACUUCAGAAAAGGAGAAAGGUUCCAACAGCGGCACACCGAAGCCCAAAGUGUCAACCAGCCAAGAGAGCCUGGGCAUCUCCAGUCGAGAGGACCGGGAUGACCUGGUGCGCUCUUCCAGCCACACCCCGUCAAACAAAGCUCACAUACUGGCCAUGCCGCAGUUUGGCCUGCGUGACAACCUUAUAAAGUGUGAGCUGCUGAAAAAGGAGGAACUUUACACUUACCUGGAAAAUUUCAGCUUUUUUCUUGGCACAUACAAUGUGAAUGGACAGGCACCAAAGGAAAGCCUCCGUCCUUGGCUGAGCUGCACACUCAAGCCCCCUGACAUGUACUGCGUGGGUUUUCAGGAGCUUGACCUCAGCAAAGAGGCUUUCUUCUUCAAUGAUACCCCCAAGGAGCUGGAGUGGACAAAGGCUGUGUCUGAGGCAUUGCAUCCAGAUGCCAAGUAUGCCUUAGUGAAGUUGGUGCGCCUGGUGGGCAUUAUGCUGAUCUUCUUUGUGAAGGAGGAGCAUGCAGAAUUCAUCUCAGAUAUGGAAGCUGAGACUGUGGGCACCGGCAUCAUGGGAAGGAUGGGAAACAAGGGUGCUGUGGCAAUCCGUUUUCGCUUCCACAACUCUGAUAUCUGCGUGGUCAAUUCUCACCUUGCUGCCCACGUCGAAGAAUACGAGAGACGUAAUCAGGACUAUAAAGAUAUUUGCAGUCGUCUUCAGUUUCGCCAACUUGACCCCACUCAGCCUGCACUCACUAUUAUGAAGCAUGAUGUUGUUUUAUGGAUCGGGGACCUCAACUACAGAAUCAGUGACCUCGACGUGGACAACGUGAAGGAUCUUAUCAGCAAGAAGGACUUUGAAACUCUGCACAGUUAUGAUCAGCUCAAGAGGCAAAUCGAUGAGGAGGCUGUGUUUGUGGGAUUUGAGGAGGGAGAGAUUGAUUUCCAGCCCACCUACAAAUACGACACCGGCUCUGACAAGUGGGACACAAGUGAAAAAUGUCGUGUCCCUGCGUGGUGUGAUCGCAUCCUGUGGAGAGGAAAGAACAUAAAACAACAGCAUUACCAGAGUCAUAUGACUCUGAAGACCAGUGACCACAAACCUGUCAGCUCCCUGCUCACCAUUGGGAUCAAGAGGAUAAAUAGUGAGGACUAUAAGAAGACCUUUGAAGAAAUUGUACGCAAUAUAGACAAAAUGGAGAAUGAAUGUAUUCCCUCUGUAACCUUGUCCAAGCGAGAGUUCCACUUCAAGGACGUGAAGUUCAUGCAGCACCGGGCAGAAAAGUUGAGCCUGUUGAAUGAUGGACAGGUCCCAUGUCAAUUUGAGUUUAUCCCAAAGCCGUAUGAGCCCACAUACUGUAAGCCCUGGCUCACAGCCAACCCCCCCAAAGGCUUCAUUGCUCAGGGUGGUUCUGUGGACAUUGAGCUUGAGGUUUUUGUAAACCGCACAACAGCACCUGAACUUAACUCUGGCAAGCAGGAGAUUGAAGACAUCCUGGUGCUCCAUCUAGAGCGGGGCAAGGACUAUUUCAUCUCUGUGACAGGGAACUACCUGCCAAGCUGCUAUGGCACUUCUAUCCAUGCGUUAUGUCAGCUGAAGGAGCCCAUCCAAGACAUGUCACAAGAGACCCUCCUUCAACUAGCCGAGUUGCCUAUAAAUGAGAAUGCAGCAAACACUGAAAAGCCUCUUGACAUUCCUAAAGAACUUUGGAUGCUGGUGGACCACUUAUUCCGCAAUGCAGUCAAACAGGAAGACAUAUUUCAGCAACCUGGGCUCCGGAGUGAAUUUGCUGAAAUAAGGGAUUGCCUUGACACAGGGAUGCCAGAUUCCUUCCCGGGCAGUAAUCACUCAGUGGCAGAGGCCUUGCUUCUGUUCCUAGAUGCCCUCCCAGAGCCUGUGGUUCCCUACUCCUUUUACCAGCGGUGCCUCGAAUGCUGCUCCAGUGCCAGCCAGUGCGAGCAAGUUAUUUCCACGCUACCUCAGUGCCAUAAAAAUGUGUUCAACUAUUUAGCUGCCUUUCUCCGUGAGCUUUUGAAGAAUUCUUCUAGCAAUCGAUUAGAUGUCACCAUCUUGGCCACCAUUUUUGCCUCCUUGCUUCUGAAGUCACCCGCGAACCAGGAUCUUGCAGAGAAGAGGAAGACUCAGGAGUUCUUUCAGCACUUCCUGACCCAAAGCUCUUUCUAGAUGGAGGACUUGUCUUUCUUGCUGAAGCUGAACACUAAAAACUGUAAACAUUCAGUAUUUGAAAUAACUGUUCCCAGAUUGCUCUUUGUAUAACUAUAUAGAGUAAUUGCUGUCAGUGAUGGUUCUUAUUUCAUAUUACUUCAAAACCAAGUUCGUGAUCAAAUGAUGCAGAGUUUAUUGUAUAUCAUUGAGCAUAUGUAGAAGCCUAACAAUUUUUAAUGUAUGUAUAUUUUAUUUAAAAAGAACAAUUUGUAUUUUCAUGUGUCUGAUCUCAACAACAUAUUGUUUUUAUAUAUAAAAUUCCUGGAAACAA